UGCAACGCGGCCAGAUCAGCUGAGUGGCGCUGCCCGCCAGCCUCGCAGCCGCAGCAGUUUUAAAUAAAAGUGACAGUCAAAGAAAAGCUCGUUGUUACAAACGUAGACAGGGAGAAGAUCUAGUGUCGGUUUGGUUUGUGUGCGUGCGCUGCAGCAGCAGCAUGUCUGAAUAUCCGACCUUCCGGUAUGGCACGUCUCGUUUUGACCAGGACACGUUUUCUGGUCGGUUCCGACACUUCCUGGAUGUGAUUGACCCCAGCACCCUCUUUGUGACAGAGAAACGACUUCAGGAGAGUGUCGAGCUGCUGGACUGUUUCAAACGAGGAGCUCUGCCUCCAGGAGUGACAGACGCUCAGCUUUGGAAAGCUCAGAAAAUAAAGCAGGCCAUCAUCCACCCUGACACGGGGGAGAAGAUCCUCAUGCCCUUUCGGAUGUCGGGUUUCAUCCCAUUCGGCACACCGGUGGUUGUUGGCCUCCUCCUCCCAAAUCAAACAUUGGCGUCAACAAUCUUCUGGCAGUGGCUAAACCAGAGUCACAACGCCUGCGUCAACUUCUCUAACCGCAACGCCUCCAAGCCGGCCCCCGCUUCCAAAUUCGUCCAGGGAUACCUCGGAGCGGUGACGAGCGCGGUCUCCAUCGCUGUGGGGUUGAACGUGUUGAUCCAGAGAGCAAACCGCUUCAGCCCGACAACCAGGCUGUUGGUGCAGAGGUUCAUCCCCUUCCCAGCAGUGGCGAGUGCAAACGUCUGUAACGUGGUGCUCAUGAGACACUCGGAGCUGUCGGAGGGCAUCAGCGUGCUCGACGACAACGGCGACGCGGUGGGGACGUCCAGAGCAGCUGCCAGGCAUGCACUUCUAGAGACGGCCCUGACCAGAGUGGUGCUGCCCAUGCCGAUCCUAUUGCUGCCUCCCGUGAUCAUGUCCAUGCUGGAAAAGCUUCCUCUGCUGCAGAGACAGCGGAGGCUGGUCCUUCCCAUCCACUCUCUGGUGUGUCUCGCUGCCUUCGGCCUGGCCCUGCCCCUCGCCAUCAGCCUCUUCCCACAGAUGUCCCAGAUCAGCGUGAAUCGCCUGGAGCCGGAGAUCGCCAUGGCAACAGAUUGCGAGAUUGUGACAUACAAUAAAGGCCUGUGAGGCAUCUCUGCAGCCCGACGCAUCGUCGGAGAUGGGACGCGGAGGAUUUAGCAUACGUUUACACGGAACCGCAGCUCAUGCUGGGAAUACAUGUUAAUUAGGCAACAGCACACGGAUGGCAUAUUGUGAUAUUGAAACGUAUACAACAUGGCAACUAUUGGAAUAUUGUCAUGGCUUUUAAGUGGUCAAAUAUUUACGACGACUGGUAGACUCGAUCUAGACGUUUACGUUAUCAGCAGGGGGGGGGGGGGGUAACAGCCUCAGGUGGACUAGCCGAGUUAACUCACAAGCUUGUCAUGCCUUUUAUUUGCAGACCCAUAUCUAGAGAUUAAUUUUAGUAAGUUAACCGGCAGCAGGACAUGUGUAAAUUAUUGUAAUUGUGGCUUGGGUUGUUUUGUGUGUAAAUACUGUGAAUGAAAUCAGGAUAAAUGACUCGAAUGUA